GUAUUACGAUACUUGUGAAAUUGUGUAAGAUCCCAUGUUGUCAUGUCAUUAUUGUAUUAUUAGUAAACUACAUUCAAAUAACUAACGUCAGAUAAAAAAAAAAAAACAAAAAAACCACAAUGAUUAAGUUAACAAAAAUAUUUAAUUUAGAAGAUUUCACAUUAAUAGUGCCGUCAGUGGCAGUUGGUAAUGUCGCUCAAUUAACUGUCGAUCUGUUAAUUGCGAGUCUUAACCUUCAAAGAAUUGGGCAAAUUGUAACUACUUCUUUUAUACCCAUAGUUGGGUUGGAUCCUUAUAUAGAAACAUCUGAAUUCUUAAGCACUGCAGUUGAUAUAUAUGCAGGAAUUGAAAAUAAAAUACUUGUUAUACAAAUUCGUUCACCAUUUGUCAAAUCAUUAAAUAAAUUUUAUCACAAUUUAUUGGAAUUUAUUACAACAAAUAAAAUAUCUAAGGUAGUAAUCCUGACGAGUAGUUAUGCUUAUGAGAAAACAGAUAGUCAAUUAAAUCUUACAGAAUUGAGAUACAUUGCAUCUGCCGAUGUAUUAACUGAUAACAAACAAGUUUUUGAUGAUUUAAAAUGGCUUCAAUAUGAAUCAAAGCAUAUAUCUUGUCCAAACGACAAACAAAUAAUACACAUUCCAGGAGGAGGCUUCGCAAUCAAUUUAUUUGAUUUUCUUACAAAUAAUAAUAUAUCAUGUAUAAUUUUAUUUAAAUUUUGUUCUGAAGGAGAUAAUAUUCCAGAUGCAUUAAAUUUAAUGAACUACCUAAAUCAAUGGAUGAAUUUAUUACAAAUUAAUUCUGUUGGAUCUUUAGCUAUCAAGUAUCCACCAUCAUGGAAAUAUUUAUUUGGAAAUGUACCAUCAUCUGAGAUAUAUUAAAUAAAGUACAAUAUGUUAUGAAAUUAUUUAAAAAAAAAAA